GUUAUUGAAACAAAAAUCCCACCCUAAUUAUGAAAUAAAAACAAAGUAAAUAUACUAUGCCUACUGAAUGUGAAAAACAAUAGUCCUGAGAAUAAUAAGUUUUGAUUAAGUAAAGCAAAACAACACUAAACUAAAAUAAAACCGAGCAAGUUGAAUUCGAUCAGUCUUCCUCCCGAUCUGCCUGUGGCGGGCUAUUGUUGGAAUUCCGGUUGGGGCUAGCUGCAUCAGAAAGUUGAAAAGAUUUGAAGAAUUCAUUCAUCCCAUAACAAAUUUGAAACUGUGGAAGUGAAAAUGAACUGAGAAAGUGGUGAAUUAGAGCCGAAUUCUAUUCAAAUCUUCCAUAUUGAAAGAAAAUUGAAAAGAAAAAUAAUCAAUAUACAUAGUAGAAUAUAAUGCCAUGGUGAUGUGGUAAUACUGUUUUGCUCUUUAUUUUUAUGUUGCCAUGAGGGACGAACCUUUAUUCUUCUGAUCACUCUGAUUGAUAUGAUUGCCAAACGUUUUGUUGAUUUUCUCUUUUUGUUUUUCUGAUCACUUGACUAUUAAUCGAUCGACAUGGAUCUCAAAGUUACUUUAAGAGUACAGUUCAUCUAAAAUGCUUCCAUGUGCUUCAUUUCAUUUUGGAUAAAAAUCUCAGUUGAAAUGCUCGCAUUCCUUUAUCUGCUCAAUGACAACAAAAUUUUUCUCUAUUUUCCAGGUGAAAAAUAAACUUAUGGUGUUAAAUCUCUAUAAUUGCUGUAAACUGACUGCUAUUCCUGAUUUAUCUGAGCAAAAAUCCCUGGAAAAGCUGAUACUCGAGCUUUGCGUUAAUCUGAAAACAAUUCACAAAUCAAUAGGCAGCCUGGACACUUUACGGCAUCUCAACUUGAGGUCAUGUUCGAGCCUUGUAGAAUUUCCUAGUGAUGUCUCUGGGCUAAAAAGUCUCGAGGUACUCAUUAUCUCUGAUUGUUCACAACUGAAAAAUCUACCAUGGAAUAUUGGCAGCAUGAAUUCUUUACGAGAACUUCUUGCCGAUAGAACAGCCAUAGAUGAAUUGCCUGAAACUAUAGUCCGGCUAACUUAUCUCGAAAAGCUUUCCCUCAACCAUUGCAAAUCGUUAAAACGACUACCCAAGAGCAUAGGAAAGCUUAGUUCCUUAAGGGAACUCUCUCUUCUUGAUUCUGCACUGGAAGAACUACCUGAUACCAUUGGUUUUUUGGGAAAUCUAGAGACUCUGAAUCUGAUGAGGUGUAAAUCGUUAAUUGUGAUUCCAGAUUCC